GACAUGCGAUGGUAGCCAAACCCCCAGUUGUGUGUUCUCAUUUUGCCCAAGACCUUUGGCCAAAACAGGGCUUAAAAGAUUCUUUUCAAAAAGUGAUCCUGAGAAGAUAUGGAAAAUAUGGACAUGAAAAUUUACAAUUAAGAAAAGACUGUAAAAGUGUGCAUGAGCAUAAGGUGCACAAAAGAGGUUAUAAUGGACUUAACCAAUGUUUGACAACUACCCAGGGCAAAAUAUUUCAAUGUGAUAAAUAUGUUAAAGUUCUUCAUAAAUUCUCAAAUUCAAGUAGACACAAGAAAAAACAUACUGGAAAGAAACCUUUCAAACGUAAAGAAUGUGGCAAAUCAUGUUGCAUACUUUCACAACUAACUCAGCAUAAGAAAACUGCUACUAGAGGGAAUUUCUACAAAUGUAAAACAUGUGGAAAAGCCUUUAACCAGUUCUCAAAUCUUACUAAACAUAAGAUAAUUCAUACUGAAGUGAAUCCCUACAAAUGUGAAGAAUGUGGCAAAGCCUUUAACCAGUCCUUAACUCUUACUAAACAUAAAAAAAUUCAUACUGAAGAGAAACCUUACAAAUGUGAAGAUUGUGGCAAAGUCUUUAGUGUAUUUUCAAUCCUUACUAAACAUAAGAUAAUUCAUACAGGAACAAAACCCUACAAUUGUGAAGAAUGUGGCAAAGGCUUUAGUAUAUUCUCAACCCUUACUAAACAUAAGAUAAUUCAUACUGGAGAGAAGCCCUACAAAUGCAACGAAUGUGGUAAAGCCUUUAACUGGUCCUCAACUCUUACUAAACAUAAGAGAAUUCAUACUGGAGAGAAACCCUACAAAUGCAAUGAAUGUGGUAAAGCCUUUAACCAGUCCUCAACCCUUACUAGACAUAAGAUAGUUCAUACUGGAGAGAAACCCUACAAAUGUGAAGAAUGUGGUAAAGCCUUUAAACGGUCCACAACUCUUACUAAACAUAAGAGAAUUUAUACUAAAGAGAAACCAUACAAAUGUGAAGAAUGUGGAAAAGCCUUUAGUGUAUUCUCAACCCUUACUAAACAUAAGAUAAUUCAUACUGGAGCAAAACCCUACAAAUGUGAAGAAUGUGGCAGCGCCUUUAGGGCAUUCUCAACCCUUACUGAACAUAAGAGAGUUCAUACUGGAGAGAAACCUUACAAAUGUAAUGAAUGUGGCAGAGCCUUUAACUGGUCCUCAACUCUUACUAAACAUAAGAGAAUUCAUACUGGAGAGAAACCCUACAAAUGUGAAGAAUGUGGCAAAGCUUUUAACCGGUCCUCAAACCUUACCCGACAUAAGAAAAUUCAUACUGGACAGAAACCAUACAAACCUAAAGGACAUGACAGUGCUUUUGACAACACCUCAAACUUUUCUAGACAUAAAAGAAAUCAUACUGGUGAGAAAUCCUAGAAAUGUGAAGAAUGUGACAAAGCCUUUAAGUGGUUGUCACACUUGAUUGUAUAUAAGAUGAUUCAUACUGGAGAAAACUCCGAGAAGUGUGACAAAUGUGACAAAACAAUUCUCAUACCUUAUUGCACAGGAAAGCAUUUAUACUUGAGAAAAAUUGUAUAAAGAAUGGAAAAGUCAUUAAUAUCUGCUCAUAUCUUACUCAACAUCAGAAAGUUAGUACUUAAUAAAAGCGUUAUCAAUGAAAUUACUGUCAAAAGAUCUUUCAGACAAUAUAAGCCUGUAAAGUGCAGCAGAGUAUUUUGAAGAGAAGCAUUAAAAAUACGAAGAGCAAAGCAAAUAAUUGCAGAAAACUGAUGGGGAACAAAUACCAUUAGCUGCCAAAACCAGUAUGACCAGAUUCAGCGCAGUGGCUCACGCCCGUAAUCCCAACACUUUGGAAGGCCGAGGCAGUGCUGGCCUUGCUGUUCCACUUUGAGGAGUUCCGGCAGCUUCACCCUCAGCUACUCCAACAGUCUAUCCGUUUGGCUCAAGUUUUUCUGGGUUCUUCUGUUCCUGGCAUCUGAGAUUUCUCAGCAGAGCCUGGUUUUCAGGGACCAUGGCUAGCACCGUGUUGCAGGAAGUCAGGGACCCUGAAUGGAGGGACAGCUGAAGCCAUGGCAGAAGAACAUAAAUUGUGAAGAUUUC